AUGAAAGAGACAGGGGUGGGGCCUCCCCAGCGGUAGCUCUUGGGGACUCCUGGGACCACAGCAGAGACGCAGCGUGGCUAGAGGUGAGUGAGAGGUGAACUCGGCCCGGGCCUGGCCAGGUGAGACUCGCCACCCUCUCCCCAGGAGCACCAUUGACCAUGGCCCUGGCCCAGCAGCUGCGAGCCGAGAGUGACUUUGAGCAGCUUCCCGACGAUGUCGCCAUCUCCGCCAACAUCGCUGACAUCGAGGAGAAAAGAGGCUUCACCAGCUACUUUGUGUUCGUGAUCGAGGUGAAGACAAAAGGGGGCUCAAAAUACUUCAUCUACCGUCGCUACCGCCAGUUCUAUGCCCUGCAGAGCAAGCUGGAGGAGCGGUUUGGGCCGGAGAACAAGACCAGCCCGUUCACCUGCAGCUUGCCCACGCUCCCAGCCAAAGUCUACAUGGGUGUGAAACAGGAGAUUGCGGAGAUGCGGAUUCCUGCCCUCAAUGCCUACAUGAAGAGCCUCCUCAGCCUACCCAUCUGGGUGCUGAUGGACGAGGAUGUCCGGAUCUUCUUCUACCGGUCGCCCUACGAUUCAGAGCAGGUUCCCCAGGCCCUGCGCCGGCUCCGGCCACGCACCCGGAAAAUCAAGAGUGAGUCCCCACAAGGCGCCAUCAUUGACCGCAUGGCAGCUCCGCGAGCUGAGGCUCUGUUUGACUUCACGGGCAACAGCAAACUGGAACUAAAUUUCAAAGUUGGAGAUGUGAUCAUCCUUCUCAGCCGGAUCAAUAAAGACUGGCUGGAGGGCACUGUCAGGGGAGCCACGGGCAUCUUCCCACAGUCGUUCGUGAAAAUCCUCAAGGACUUCCCAGAGGAAGAAGACCCUACCAACUGGCUGCGCUGCUACUACUACGAGGACACCAUCAGCACCACCAAGGACAUCGCGGUGGACGAGGACCUCAGCAGCACUCCACUGUUCAAGGACCUGCUGCAGCUCAUGAGGCGGGAGUUCCAGAGGGAGGACAUCGCCCUAAAUUACCGGGACACCGAGGGCGAUCUGGUGCGGCUGCUCUCAGACGAGGAUGUGGUGCUCAUGGUGAGGCAGGCCCAGGGUCUCCCCUCCCAGAAACGCCUCUUCCCCUGGAAGCUGCAUGUCACCCAGAAGGAUGACUACGCGGUCUACAACACUGUCCCUUGAGCCGAUGGUGUGCCAGGGGCAGGGAGGAAUGCUCAGGAAGAAGCUCUCGGAGGAGAACAGGACGAGGAAAACCUGGGAGCGUGGGACAGACUUGCUGGUUCUAAUCCAUGGACCUGUAUUCCAUCUGUCUGCACACUUGGUCUUGGAAUUAAAUAAACCCUUUCAUCUCAAA